CUCGACAAAUUUAUCCCAUUAUUCCACAAGUUGAAAUAUAUAUCUGUAAUUAUUUUAACAGUGGAGGAUGAGAUUUUCAUGGUGGGGAUAUAUUUAUUUACUCUAGAUAUCCAUUGAGCAAGUUGUUCAAACAUUUCAAUGAUGCAGCUACGACAGGAUCUUCUGUUACUCAUUGUGUUAAAUUUUUUUUUACAAAUUUCUAAAGCACAAAUCUCACCGUCUGAAGAUUUUCAAUAUUUAUAUUUUGAUAAACUUGCAGUGGCACUUUAUAAAAAUGUUCAAUUUAUGACAGCUCGAUUGGAACAAUUAAAUAUUGAUGCCAUUUUUGGCUUGGCAUUGACCGAAGCUAAUUUAAUGUCAAUUUUGUCACCGAAAAAUUCUGAUAUUUUAACAGAUGAUAUGGUUUAUGAUAUUCUAAAAAUUAUCGAAAUGUCUUCAGCCUCACGAAACGAUGAAAAAUCGAAAUUAAUUAUAAAUAAAAAUAAAAAUAAAAUGUCUGAGUUAGUUAAAGUUUUAACUGAGCCAGAAAUUUGGAUUAGAUCAAUUGAAUGGAAAAAAGGAUAUUUAAAAAUGAGACCAAUUAUAAAUGCAACAAUAAAUAAUAUUGAUGUUAAAAAAUUAAUGUUUUCUGGAACACCACAAGAAAAAGAAAGUGAUUAUUGUCUAAUUGAAUUAUCAAAUUUAAAAAGACAAAAUAAAUUUUGUAAAAUUUCAAAUAAUUGUAGUGAAAUGCUUGUUAGAAAUGAUCAUUCAAGAGGAUAUCCUCUGACACAUCGUCUUCUUUUUGUUCAAACUGCUCUUGCUUUAAACUGCAAAGAAAUAUCGAUGAUAAAUUUACCAACUUUAAUUACCAAUUACUGUGAAAAUAUAUUUGAAGAUUUAAUAUUAUUGGAGUCCUUAAAUUUUCCAUUGUCAUCAAAAGAUCUUGCAAUGGAACAGAUAUUUUUAUGUGGCAUGGAAGGAUAUUUAGAAAUAGCUAAUAUUCAUUAUGCCAAGUUGUUAUUAAGUUGGCCAAGCUCAAUUGGAUGUUACUCAUCAAAUGGAUUUGAUAAUGUUAAACAUCAACGAUAUUCACGAUCAACAAAUUUAAUGGAUUACGGAUGUGAUAAUCAUGCAUCUGGUGUUGCUGCAGCAACAUUGAGUUUAUUACUUCGAGCACUUGUUGAAAAUUAUGAUGGAUUUAUAGCACCAAUUGAGACACCAGAAUUCUAAAUUAAAUACUAAAAUUCUUCUGACAUCUGUGAGCUUGUUUGAUGAGUCAAUCAAAUCAUCAAAUCAUCACAAUGACUUUCAAAGAAUUUAUACAUAAUAUUGCAAUUAAUCGACUUAUCCAAUUUAUAUUCAUUUAAUUAU